AUGGAAGAGCAGCAGCCGGAGCCGAAAUGCCAGCGCGAGCCGGGCCUCGGCGCGGUGGCGGCGGCGGCGGCGGUGGUGGCGGCGGCGGCCCCGGGCGGCCUCGGCCUCAGCCUCAGCCCCGGAGCCGGCGGGAGCAGCGGCAGCGACGGGGACAGCGUGCCGGUGUCCCCGCAGCCGGCGCCCCCGUCGCCUCCCGCGGCGCCCUGCCUGCCGCCCCUGGCCCAUCACCCGCACCUCCCCCCGCACCCUCCGCCCCCGCCGCCGCCGCCGCCGCAGCCCCUCGCGGCGCCCGCCCAGCAGCCGCCGCCCGCGGCCCAGCUGCACCGCACCACCAACUUUUUCAUCGAUAACAUCCUGAGGCCCGAUUUCGGUUGCAAAAAGGAACAGCCCCUGCCGCAGCUCCUGGUGGCCACGGCGGCGGCCGGAGGAGGCGCCGGCGGCGGAGGAGGAGGAGGGAGCCGCGCCGAGCGCGACCGAGGCCAGACUGCUGCAGGUAGAGAGCCCGUCCACUCGCUGGGCGCGCGGGCUCCGGGCGCCGCCUCGCUCCUGUGCGCCGCGGACGCGAACUGUGGCCCGCCCGACGGCUCCCAGCCCGCCACCGCCGUCGGCGCGGCGGCGGCGGCGGCGGCAUCGAAGCCCUCGGACGGCGGCGGCGGCGGCGGCAGCGCGGGGAGCCCCGGGGCGCAGGGCGCCAAGUUCCCGGAGCACAACCCGGCCAUCCUGCUCAUGGGCUCGGCCAACGGGGGGCCGGUGGUCAAGACUGACUCGCAGCAGCCUCUGGUGUGGCCCGCCUGGGUCUACUGCACGCGCUACUCCGACCGUCCGUCCUCGGGUCCACGCACCAGGAAGCUGAAGAAGAAAAAGAACGAGAAGGAAGACAAGCGGCCACGGACGGCGUUCACAGCCGAGCAGCUGCAGAGACUCAAGGCGGAGUUCCAGGCAAACCGCUACAUCACGGAGCAGCGGCGGCAGACCCUGGCCCAGGAGCUCAGCCUGAACGAGUCUCAGAUCAAGAUCUGGUUCCAAAACAAGCGGGCCAAGAUCAAGAAAGCCACCGGCAUCAAGAACGGCCUGGCCCUGCACCUCAUGGCCCAGGGAUUGUACAACCACUCUACCACCACCGUCCAGGACAAAGACGAGAGCGAGUAGCUGUGGCCAGCCCCGGCCCGCGGUCCAACCGCGCCCGUGCCGCCUCCCGGCUCCGCGGGGCUGUGCUUUGCCAGCCCCACGCCGCCAUGCAUAGAUGAUCGCUAAGGAAGGAGGUAUCAAUCAGGGCGACAGAGAAAGCAAGCGAGAGACAGCAAUCCUCCGAGUGAACACUCAACAUUGGAAUGGAACGGUUUUUGAAACGGGAGAAAGACUCGGACAGGUGCUUUGGGGGGAAAAAAAAGAUCUAUUCUCUAACUCACAGUAUAAGACGAAACUGCGAAUUCCUUAAAGCUCUAUCUAGCCAAACUGCUUAAGACCGUGUAUAUAUUUAAUUUCAGGUAAGGAAAACAGAUAUGUGUAGCGAUCUCUAUUUGCUGGACAUUUUUAUUAAUCUCAUUUAUUAUUAUUGUUAUAAUUAUUAUAAUUAUUAUAAUUAUUUUACCCUCCUCCCUACCUUGCUGCCCCCAGCCCAGUUUCAUUUUCGUUGCUGUCUUCUUUUGAAUGUUUUUGCUUCUCUGUACCUCCCACCCAUCAACGCUGGCCCUGGUUUCUCUGGGACUUUUCUUUGUGUGCGUGUGAGUGUGUUUCCUUGUGUGUCUGCCCUUCGACUCUCCUCUACCCACCCAGGAUUCCUCUAUUGGUCUUCUCUGUCCUUCCCCCACAUCCCUUUCCUUUUCUGGAGACUCCUUGAGAAAUACAACCCCACAGACUGCGAGACUGAACCGCCGCUACAAGCCAAAGAUUUUAUUAUGUUCAGAAAGCUGUAGUCUGAAA